AUGGCAACACCACCUAACACACACACCCCGCGCCGGUCGGCGGCAUCGCCGUCGUCUUCUUCGGCCGCUGGCGGUGCUGCGCCCGCCGAGCACAUCAUUGGCAAGUUCAAGCGCAUGCACCACAUUGGCAAGGGCAGUUUCGCCGAAGUCUACCGCGGCAUUCAUAUUGAAAAGCGCCAAUCCGUAGCCAUCAAAUCGGUCAAUAUGAACAAGCUCAACAAAAAGCUCAAGGACAACCUAGUCUCUGAGAUCACCAUACUGCGCAGCCUGCACCACCCGCAUAUCGUGUCCCUCAUCGAUUGCCAGGAGGCCCCCUCACGUAUGCACAUCAUCAUGGAGUUCUGCGAGCUCGGCGACUUGUCAGCUUUCAUCAAGAAGCGCACAGACCUGGUCAACCACCCCCAGACACAGCGCAUGAUUGAGAAAUACCCAAAUCCCUCAGUCGGUGGCCUCAAUGAAGUCGUUGUCCGUCACUUUGCCAAACAAAUGGCCAGUGCCCUGGAAUUCCUGAGAUCAAAGAACUACAUUCACCGCGAUUUGAAGCCACAGAACCUGCUCUUGAAUCCAUCAUCAAUGUUCUACUCGCAGAGCGGGACUCUGGAACGCAUGCCUCUGGCUGCUAGUGCUAACUCCUUGAUCCCGGCUACAGGCAUUGCCUCGCUGCCAAUGCUCAAGAUUGCGGAUUUCGGCUUCGCUAGAAUUCUGCCGACAACCUCGCUGGCUGAAACCCUCUGUGGCUCUCCCCUCUACAUGGCUCCGGAAAUCCUGCGAUAUGAAAAGUACGAUGCAAAAGCAGAUCUCUGGUCCGUCGGUACAGUACUGUUCGAGAUGAUGUGCGCUCGUCCACCAUUCCGGGCAAACAACCAUGUCGAACUGCUGCGUAAGAUUGAGGAGCGCAAGGACCAAGUCCGAUUUCCAGAAGGUCUUGUCUGCAGCAGGGCCAUGAAGACCCUAAUUCGAGCCCUACUAAAGCGGAAGCCAACCGAGCGCAUGUCCUACGAGAGCUUCUUUUCCGAUCCCGUCAUCCGCGAGGAGAUCCCCAACAUGGUGGACGAAGAUCUGCCAAGCUCUAUGCAAGCUUCGGAGCGCAUGCAAAUCUCCGCCUUGGAACCACCAGUUGAGCCACCCAGGAGAGCACAGAAAGCUCCGAUGGACAUGGAUCGACGAGCACCGGACAGCCCGUACUCUCAGUCACCACGAACUAGGGCUGGUUUCGGCACAACGCCUCCGCAACCGCGCUCCCGACCUGUUUCAGGCAACUACUCGGGAACCCCACUGCAGCCUGUUUCUGCUCGGAGACAUAGCAACGCAGCAAUCGAACCAAGCGACGAACGCAUACCACAUCGCGAGCAGCAGCGACGGCCAACUUUGACCAACGCUGCGACUGCACCCGUGCGCCCCUCGACAUUGCAAGACCAAGCGACCCCAGCUAGUGCUGUCACUCACAGGCGAAAGUACUCUCGUGACGAUCAAGUACCACCGCCGACCGGCCUCAAAGAGCAUCUUGAUCGAGAGCGCAUACCGCAGAGAGCUGAAGCAAACGUCUUGAGAGAAGCGGCAGAGCGUGCUGCACAAGACAAUGCGCUUGAUGAAGGCUUCGUGUUUGUCGAGAAGCGACGUGUGGAGAUUGACGCACUCGCAGACGAGAUUGCCAAUAGUCCUCAAACGCGGGAUCGACCCUUUAGUAGGGAAACUGCUAUCAAGCGUCGGUCUACCACACAAGGAUCGCCUACAUCUACAACUGGUGCAGUCCCUUCGAAAGCAAUCCAAAUUCAGCCGAAGCCAACCAUCACGCACCAGCGCACUGGAUCUUACAGUCGACGACAGUACCGCCCAAGCUUCGAGACGGCUACCUCUGCUCUGUCCAAGGCCAUGAAUAUGGUCAACAUCCGUGGACUCGGUCUUUCCCCGCCUGUCAUGAAGGGAGUCUCGCCCCCUCAGGGAUACUCUGCUUUCCCAGCAUAUCCCACUGCACAGAGCAGCUUAUUGCUGGUUAGUGACGGUGGCAAGACGGUCACCAAAGACGACGAUACCAUGACGGUGAAGAGGAUUGAGGAUCUGGCACAGCUCAGCCAUGUUGUCUAUGGAUUUGCCGAAGUCAAGUACAGCCAGUUGGUUCCUGUCGCGCCUAGUGAUCCCGCCCUGGGUGCAGGCCCUACUGGUGUUGCUCGGAAGCCAAACAGCGACGUGAUUGACGACGACGAGGAUGACGAGGAUGAUUUGACACCUGAUACUGUCCUCAUCAUCUCCGAAGAGGCUCUGGUCCUGUUCGUCAAGACGCUGGCAAUGUUAAACAAAGCCAUGGACCUGACUGGAAGCUACUGGAACAGGACUCGUCGCAAUAGUGGUCCCGACAGCGCCAACCGUACCAACGCCAAGCUUGGCCAGGUUGUUUCAUGGAUGCGCGACCGAUUCAACGAAUGCUGUGUCAAGUCAGAAAUUGUUGCACGCAAACUCAAGCAAGCACAGCAGCAACUACCCGUCGACCACCCAAGCCAUCCUCAGAACCAAUCAGCAGCGUCUGGAUCUGCAACAGCCGUUGGCUCUGCCGAGAACAUUCUUCUUACCACUGGUGUCACCGCCGAGAAGCUCCUCUAUGACCGUUCCCUCGAGAUGAGCCGCCAAGCCGCCAUCGACGAACUCACCGGCCACAACCUAGCAGACUGCGAAAUUAACUACUGGACUGCCAUCACCAUGCUGCAGGCUGUGUUGGAAGAAGAAGAGGAUUCGCCCAGCGAUAAGGCUGACGGAGAAGAAAUCAACGGCCUUGACGGUGAGGACCGACGGUCGAUUCAGAAGCUCCUCGAACAGAUGCGAAGCCGACAGCGCGCGCUUAAGAAGAAACUCGAUAUCCUCAAGACACAGAAACGCGCUUCCAUUACUAGUGCUCAUGCUUCUCCUCAUUACCCUUCUUCCAUGGGCAGGAAUUCGCCUUCCCCGUAUAGUGCUGGUACUAGUGCUGCUGCUGGUUCGCUGAAAUGA